GAAGGGUUUCAUUGCAAAAUGGUGUAUCCACCAUGUUUGACUUUUGCAUUUUACUAUUGGAAAUGACAAUUUAAAGUCCUAUCUAUGUGUGAAUUCUUGCCAUUCAAAUAGGUUGAGAACAUACUUUUUACACCUAUAUAAAAUUCUUUUUGCAAUGCAAUACAACGGAAUACCCAAUACAAAAACGUCAAUUUCCCAAAAUGUUCCAAAAUGGAUUACACCAUUUUGCAAUGAAACUCUUAUAGGGAGAUGUGGUGGGGUACUCUGGGGUCUGUGCGGCCCUUUCCCAACUUCCGCCCAGACAGUGACAUCACAGAGAUCCAGGAUGCCUGCCGGAGGAACGAUGUGGCGAGCCUAGUGAGGAUCCUGCCGAACAGAGACAAUGCCCAGAGGCAGAGCCUGGCAGAAGCCUACCUGACCACUACCAGCAAGGAGCUGUCUGUAGACCUGAAGAAGGCCUUGAGUGGAGACGUGGAGAAGCUGCUGCUGGACCUUCUGCUGCCCCCAGACCAGUUUGAUGCCCAGCGCCUGCACCUGGCCAUGAAGGGCUUGGGUACAGAUGAGGAGACCUUACUGGAGGUGUUAUGCACAAGAACACCAUCCCAGCUGAAAGCCAUUGUGUUGGCCUAUAACAACAUGUAUAAGAAAGAUCUGGAAAAGGAUCUGGAUGGUGAAACCAGUGGAGAUUUCACCAAGCUACUGCUUGCAUUAGUUAAGAAAGAGGCUGGGGUGGGAUCAGUUAAUCAAGAUUUCAAGAGCCUGUAUGAAGAACUGACGGCAGAGAAGGCAUCAGCUUCACAAUGGAUCAGCAUCCUCACCACCAGGCACCCAGACCACCUGAAAAGAGUUCUGACGAGACUUGAGGGGCAUGUUGGGAAGCCAGUGACUGACAUUCUGGAGAAACGCUUUGGAGGCGACCUGAAGCUUGGCCUGACAACACUUGUUCGGUGCAUACAGAACUCAGCAGCUUACCUGGCAAAGAGGCUGGAGAGCAUGAAGGGGGGCAUUGUACGUGGAGUGCUGGUUUCCCACUGUGAGGAGGAUCUGCUGACCGUCCGAGUGGCCUUCCUCAGGGCAACAGGCUGCUCACUUUAUUCCACUCUAGAGAAGCGUUUUGAUGGACACUUCCAGAGUGGUCUGCUGGCUUUAUGUCGUGCUGAAGAUUAAGGAGAGGACUUGAGGAUCAGGACAAUAACAUCAUCAUCAUCAUCAUCAUCAUCAUCAUCAUCAUCAUCAUCAUCAUCACCACCAACAUCAUCAUCACCAUCAUCACCACCAUCACCACCACCACCACCAUCACCACCACCACCAUCAUCAUCAUCAUCAUCAUCAUCAUCAUAAUCAUCACCAUUAUCAUCAUCAUCACCAUCACCAUCAUUACCACCAUCAUCAUCACCACA